AUGAGCUCAUCAGCUGGGUCUACUGGCUCCUCAUCUACAGCAGCCAUCGCUGCGGCCUUGCGCUUUGAGGCCAUGAUGCGGCAACGUUUGUCUCCUAACCCUCCCUCGCAACCAGAGACUCCAUACGUUCAGUCGCCGUAUGCGAUGAGUCCUGCUGCAUCUGGUCCUCCAUCCACUGGCGAAUCUCCUCACUUUACAAACAUUCAGCUUCCGCCGAAUGUCUACAAUACACCCUACUCAAACGGGAACACGACUCCUACUAUAAACCUUCCACAGCCUCCACCCAACAACCAAAAUCUGGGAAGCCCAAGCCCACUCAACUUUCCAAACCCGAAUCCAGCAACUCCUCAAGCAAAUUACAACAACUACAUGAUGCCACCGCAAGGCGCAGGGACGAUGGGUCCUCCUUCCAAACCAGCCGAAAAACCUAAAGAAGAUGGGGUCGACCCGAUGGAUGUGUUGGGUGGCACAGGCAUCGAUCUGCGAGAGGAGGAGCAGUAUACUUUCCAGAUGUACAAUACCUCCUUCAACUCACAACAGACGGGCUCCCAGUCGGGCAACAUAUCGGCCAGUCAUAGCUUUACCCAGUUCCCGCCUGCAGAUGAAGCGUCAUUCUAUGGGGCCGGUCCUGCAAAUGCAAAAGCAGAAGCGCCAAACACCAAGACUCAGGACGAGUAUCACGCGAAGGCAGCAGAUAAGGCUUGGAGAGAUGCGGCUCAUAACCUGGCUGUCUCAAGACAGCGCGAAUUGAACAAUCCGUUUCUAAUUGUCGGCACCGUGCAUAAGAAAAUGGAGAAGAUAGCUCGGGAGAACGGCAUAGGCCUGAAUACAGAUGCCAAUGGUAAGAUGGGUACAAUGAAGUUGCCCGGAGACUUUCCAUCACCCACGGUCAAAAUCCAGACAGCUGUUGGACCAGAUGGAUCUAUCACGAAUACUAAUGGUAUCUUCAUUCCAUACGAUUCACUAUUGGUUGACCAGCUUGCUCUCAUGUCGAUUGCAACAAAGCAUCGCCUACGAGGCCUGCUUGAAGAUGCGACGAGACUUGCUAAAGAACGGCAGUCGGGAUCUCAUGGUCUCAUCCCAGAUGAGUGGGCAGAUGUUGCAGCUCCAAGUAAUGCUGCGGGCGCUAGUGUUGUCGCUGAUGGUGCUUCGAGAAGUGGUUGGGAGAGCGCCGUCAGCCCACCUACCAACCCACUCAAGCGUACAAAGGCACCCGUUAGAUAUAGCAAUGAAGUUGUAAGCGCCUUACGCCGAGCUGCUCUCCAGGAACGCGAAUUCGAGGAAGCUCGACUUCGAAAGCGACAAGCUCGCCAGUCAGGGGAGGCUACCCCACGACAGAGCUCCGCGGUUCCAGGAACACCAGGCUCGGUUGCACCCGAAUUGCCUGAGAAGGCGCCAACCAAGAAAGAGCAGAAGAAGAAGGCAGAGGCAAAGGUCAAUGAAGCGGCCAGUCACGCUGCUGCUAAUGUAACAACUGCACAGUUCUUGGGGGGUGGGAGCGGACUGUUUGGCAAGAAGAAAUACUCCUGGAUGACCGGUGGUGGUGGUUCUGGAAGCGGAGCGAGCACGCCGGGUAGACUCCAGACACAAGGUUUGCCUGGUACACCAUCCGGUGCAGCUGUAAGCGCAGCGCCCGAGAGACUGACAUCUGAUGGGGCGAGAAGACUGGGAACCUGGAGAGAGGAUAAGGAAAAGGGCGUGGGUAUCCAGAUCCGGGAUUGGAUCACAGUUCUUGAGGAUGAUGGAAGAGAGAAACGAGCCUUGCAGCGGGCCUACGCAUGGCUCGACCUGUCGGAGCCGAAGUAGAAGAUUGGGGAGGCUGUUACACCGAUAAUGGUGAUGUCUAUUCCGCGAUCAUAGUCUGCCCGGCGUUGCAUGGAUGGCGGCGUUUUGAUUUUCCUCAGGAGGGACUUGUUACCUACGAUGUAGGGGAGGGGAAAUUGCAAGUGGAAAAAUGUACUGUAUAUCGCAGAUGGCCUCUCGCCGGCUUGGUCGAGCAAAUCAACUCUAAUGAUACACACCUUGUCGGGUCAAUUCUUCGUCAUGCUCAUGCGCGUGAGGUGAUUUUAGCCAAUUAUAGUAAUUACAAGAAAUGG